AUGUCUGCUCCAAGUAUUUCUGCUCUGAGCGCCUACCGGCAAAUCCUGCGCUCUACCCGGAUCGCAUUUAGAGAUGACGCGCGCGUGAUGAUCGCUGCUCGCCAAGAAGCCCGCCGAAACUUCGACCAGAACCGUCGUGUUGGUGUCGACACCGGCAUGCAAAUCAACCACGCCAUUGAAGUUGCCAACAUCUUGCGACACAACAUUGUGCAAGGCGCUCGGGAGGAUGGCAACGAGUCUGCAAAGUGGCAACUCCGGAUCCACGAGGAGAUCGAGCGCGGCGACAACGACUCAAUCAAAGUCGGCAACACGGAUGUCAAGAUCCACAAAGCCUGUUCUUCCUAA